AUGGCAUCUUUCUCGUCAACAAACCAAACGAGCUCGGCGCAACCCACCGCACCGCCAGACGCCUCGCGUCGUCAAGCCAACCAAGCCGCCUUCUCGCGCGACCUCGAAUUCCUCUCGUCGCUCGCCAACCCUUACUACCUCAAUCAUCUCGCGCAAUCCGACGUCCUCUCAUCGCCCGCCUUCAAACGCUACCUCAAGCAUUUGGACUACUUUCGACAUCCCAAGUACGUCAAGUACCUGCAGUAUCCGCAGGCGUUGCACUUUUUGGAUCUGUUGCAGAACGAGGAGGAGUUCAGGUUGGCUUGCAGAGAUCCGGCUUUUGUAGGGGAGGUGAUGGCCAAGCAGAUCGGUCAUUGGGCUACAUGGAGGGAUCCGGAAAAUGGAGCGGGGGAUGAGGCAGGGGAUGAGAAGGAGGACGACAAUCCUUAG